UUUUAUGAUACACAUGAAGAAGAAAGGGAAGCGAAAUGAAAGUCCAGUACUAAGAAACAACUAAAUAAGCAUUGACAGCAGGGUAUAUAAAAGAGAGAGGUUAAAAAAAUUCGUGAAGUUUUACGCGAAGGUUACGAUCGACGAACGCGCUACUUUCCCUGUUUCACUCCCCAGAGCUAUUAAGUUCUCAAAAGAGGACUGGAAGGCUGGAUACAGGAGCGUUAAGCCAACUGAUACUUAAUACAACGGCCGAUUCUUACGAAUACGUCCUUAUCAAACGGAAGCCUGCGAACAAACAACAACAACAAAAUUCGCGAAGGAAAACACUGACUGCAUCAAAAAGGCGACGAUCACAACUUCCAAAUAACCUCCGGUGCUGCCGAAAAUGUCCGGCUGCGGCCGAAUCAAAGUUUAUUUGUGCAAUAAAUGUGCACCGCGGAGCGGGGAGAACGUGGCAGAGAGUAGCACCAAAAGCGUGACCGCCGGAGAAAGAGUGGACCAGGUAACGGGAAACCGGAAAAGCCGCUUUGUUUGGUGGCGUGGCCCGGUGGGGUCCGAGAAAGAGAAAAGAAGCCGCCUAAGCGAAAGUGAGUUGGGGUCGCGCGCAGCCUUUCCCAUGGUAUACUCGCUCACUUGGCCAGGAGCGCUCGGAAAUGAGCACGCGGCGUCCGGACGGCGAGACGGAAGUUUACAUUCGGCGAACGAGGAACCGCGCGUAACAGUGACGCUCGCGACAGUGCCGAGACGAAGUGUGUGUAACGUUGUACAGAUGAGCGGAUUAGACGGUCGCCCACUGCCAUUGCUAUAGAGCAAACACUGUCGCCUUCGGCGCACUGUUACAGCACGUCUGGGUUUGCCUCGCGCCAUACGACCAGAAAAGGGGCCGGAGUCAUCGCAGCCCGCUUCCGAAACCGGAAGUUGUUACGGCAGCUGCAGUGCAAGACGAUAAACAAGACGGCUGGCCAUCUGCGGAGCCUACCUGGAUGCACAUAGUCGGUCGCUUCAAGCGGGAAGCCAUCGGGAAGACACCGUUCAAAGAAGUCGAGGAAUUUUCGAUGGCAAGCGACCGAGGCGUCGGCACCAAAAUAGGAGGUGACAUGACAGCAGACCUCGAGGAGAUGGCGAGACGCGAGCUUGGAGAAACGCCCGAAGUGAAAGCCAAGUGCAUUGCGAAGCUGCGCCGGCUACUCGCCGAUGAGUCCUGGCUGGAGUGCCCCACGGACGAGGAGUUCUUGGUAAAGUUUCUGCGAGCCCGCAAGUACGACGUGGAGGAGGCCCUCAAGAACAUCCGAAAAUAUUUCCGUGUCAAGCAGGAAACACGGGAAAUGUUUGAAAACUUGAAUCCAUAUUCGGUUCCGUUCGACUCCACAUGUCGCCAGCACCGCCUAGUCACAGUAUCCCGGCAGAGGGAUUCACUCGGGAGAGGAGUUGUGCUUUUGAGAUUAGGCGCAUGGAACAGCCGGAUGUGCUCGCUCAACGACUACUUCCGAGUCAGCCUGGUACAGGUCGAGUGGCUGCUCUUUCAGCAGGACGUACAGAUACGAGGUGUCGUGUUCGUGCUCGACUUCAAAGGUCUGAGCGUGUACCACAUUACGCAGUACACACCGUACUUCAUAAGCAAGCUUUUGUACCUGAUGCAGGAUUGUUAUCCCAUCCGUGUCAAAGCCCUCUACGUAAUCCACAACCCGGCAUUGUUUGACAUACUUUUUGCUGCAGCGAAGCGCUUUAUGAAGCCAAAGUUGCUCCAAAGGGUUCGUCUUCUGGGGCACGACCUGGCGAAGUUGCACAGUCUGCUUCCUGCGGACGUGAUACCCAAGGAAGCCGGUGGAACUCACGAAUUCUACGAUUACGACAAGCUCGAAAAAGACCUGCAGAGCAAAGCCAAGUUCUUCGACGAGAUCAGCCGGUACGGAUAUCGCAUGCCCAUCAGACGUGGCAGAUGGCACGGCAUCAUCUUCGAGUUGCUUCCGGCUCACUGUGGCAUCGUCAGCAACGACUCUGCUGACAAGGCUGCCCGGUCUGAUCACGAGGACAGCCAGAUGCUUCCAGCAUUGCUUUUCGCCAUGGCGGAUGAGAAGAGCCCGGUCAUAGUUGAAGCCGUCGCCCGGUCGAUGUCGUCUGUAGACCUCGCACAUGACGACCUGGCCGAAAACGCAAAUGCCAAGGAAGAGGCUCUGAAUCGACUGCGUGAACAGAUUUUGGGUGAACCCCUGCUACACUGCCCAACGGACGACUGGCUGCUCAUCUUUCUACGAGCCCGAAAGUUUGACGCCGACCGCGCUUUCAAGAAUAUCACCAACUACUUCAAGGCCCGGCGGGACAACCCCGAAAUAUUUGAUGACCUGAGCCCUUCCCGUAUCCCCUUCGAAAGCGCCUGCCGUAAGCACCGGCUCUUGACAGUGUCUCGCCACACAGACUCAAAAGGAAGGACAGUUCUAAUGCUGAAGUUUGGCGCCUGGAGCACCGAUGUUUGUUCGAUCAACGAUUUCUUCAGGGUGCUAGUAGUAUUUGGUGUCCACCUCCUUCUCCAAAGAGAGUGCCAAGACAAGGGCGUGGUGGUCGUAGUAGAUUAUACGGGCCUUGGCGCCUAUCAUCUGGCCCACUACACGCCUUCUGCCAUUCGAAAGUUGAUCAGGCUUCUACAGGACUGUUUCCCUCUGCGGAUCAAGGCAAUAUACAUUAUCAACCAUCCAGCAAUAUUUGAUCUCUUGUACGCCAUUUCCAGGCGCUUUUUGAAGGCCAAACUGGUAGAAAGGAUACGGCUGUUGGGCUACAACACAGACAAACUGCACGACCUGGUUCCUGCUGACGUGAUCCCAGUCGAGCAUGGCGGCACGAACGAAAGUUACGACUACGACACGAUGGAGAGGGAACUGAUGAAUGAAGAGGACUACUUUGUGGAAAUCAGCUCUUACGGUUAUCUAAGCAAGGCGACAAAAGAGAGUGCUACAGUUUAACUUUUCUGUGCAAGGUUGUCACUUUCAUCCGCUCUGUUUCUUGGUUUG